UCUAAAGUUUUCAGCACGGAGCUCUGAAUUUCUUGCUUCAGAAAACCCUCUAGAAGCUAGAAAAACGAUGCUAUGACGCUCUUAAAUGGAGGGUCGCUCAAAAUUUGCUGACAGUCCAUUUAAACUAAAUUUUUCUCCCGGUGCUUAUCAUUCGGGCAGAAGCUGUAAAAAUACUAAAUCAGUUGUAAGAACUUCUCUGCAGAACUCCGAAGAUUACCCCUCAACAAAUUAGCUUCAUAAUGUGUGCUAAACCCAACGAUUAUAUAUCUGAUGUAAUUAUGGGAUCUGGUAUGUUUGAACAAGGAGAGGUGGAACUCUUUCUCUCACUAACCACUGAUUAUCCGGAUGCAACAUUUCUAGAUCUUGGAGCAAAUCUUGGGACUUUCAGUGUAGCCGCAGCUGCUUUAAAAUACAGAGUGGUUUCAGUUGACCCAUUCAUUAUUAACCAUGCAUAUUCCAGACUGAGUUCAAGACUUUACGGAUCCGAGGAAUAUGUUAGAUAUAUUGUCAACACUGUCAGUAAUGGAACCGAACCAUUAUAUCCCUGGUUCCGAUCCCCUACAAACCAAGGCGGGAAUUCCUUCAUAACACAAGAAACAGCUGCUUCUAAACCGGCGCACGAGCUUGGAGAACCAGUCUAUCCAGUUCAACUACAGGUACUUUAACUAGUUCAACUACAGGUACUUUAACUAGUUCAACUACAGGUACUUUAACUAGUUCAACUACAGGUACUUUAACUAGU